GCGAGCAAGGAAUUUUUCCUGGAAGACACGUCAAAGAUGAGCUGUUGUAAGGGACCUGGCUAUGCGACUCCCUUGGAAGCGACGAAGGGGCCGAGAGAGAAGCUGGUGUACUUGCCAGCCAUUGUUGCGGAUGGUUCUCGUCCUGACUACCUAGCAACCGUCGAUGUUGAUCCCGAGAGUGCCACAUACAGUCAGGUCAUUCACAGGCUUCCCAUGCCCUACAAGGGGGAUGAGCUACACCACAGUGGUUGGAAUGCCUGUUCCAGCUGCCACGGUGACUCCAGCAGAUCUCGGAGCCUCCUUGUGCUGCCAGCAUUAGGCACUGGCCGUGUGUAUGGAGUGGAUGUGGCUUCAGAUCCAAGGGCCCCCUCCUUGGCCAAGAUUGUGGAGCCAGAGGAGAUUCAGAGCAAGACAGGCCUGGCUUACUUGCACUCAUCGCACUGCCUGGGAUCAGGGGAGAUCAUGGUGAGUGCCAUGGGGGAUGUUGACGGGAAGCCCAAGGGCGGGUUUGUUCUGCUCGACGAGGACUUCAAGGUGAAGGGGACGUGGUCAGACACAGUCACCGACUAUGGCUACGACUUCUGGUACCAGCCUCGGCACAAUGUCAUGGUCAGCUCGCAGUGGGGGGCUCCUUCCAGCUUCACCAAGGGCUUCAACCCCGCGGACGUCCCGACGGCGUACGGCGACACGCUGACGUUCUGGGACUGGGAGAAGCGCGAGGUGGUGCAGACCAUCAAGCUGGGACCCGAUGGGCUGAUCCCCCUGGAGACCCGCUUCCUGCAUGACCCCUCCCAGCCCCACGGCUUUGUGGGCGCCGCCCUCUCCUCCAACGUCAUCCACUUCACCAAGGGGGAGGAUGGGGGGUGGAAGACAAGCGUGGUGAUCCGGCAGGAGUGGACGAAGGUGGAGGGGUGGGCGCUGCCAGAGCUGCCGCCCCUGAUCACCGACAUCCUCAUCUCCCUCGACGACCGCUUCCUCUACUUCUCCAACUGGCUCCGCGGCGACAUCGUCCAGUACGACAUCAGCGAUCCGGAGCACCCCAAGCUGGCCGGGCGGCUGUUUGUGGGUGGCAGCAUCCGCAAGGGCGGCCCAGUCAAGGUGCUGGGAGGACUGCCAGAGGACGUCCCAGAGGCCCCAGAGGUGCCCACAGUCCAGGGACAUGAGCUGCAGGGCGGGCCCCAAAUGCUGCAGCUCUCGCUGGAUGGAAAGCGGCUGUAUGUGACCAACUCGCUGUUCAGCCCCUGGGACGCCCAGUUCUACCCAGACAUGGAGAAGAAGGGCGGCUACAUCCUGCAGGCAUGCUUUUCUCCUUUUGGAAGACCUGUUGAUGUGGACAAUGUCAAUGGCGGCUUAACGAUCAACCACAACUUCUUUGUCGACUUUGGUGCUGAGCCAGACGGCCCUGCACUUGCUCACGAGGUCCGGUACCCUGGAGGAGACUGCUCCUCAGACAUCUGGCUCUGAUGUUCUGCCUUGAGCAUUACAGUGACAGAUACAUGAGCGCACGUGAAUGCUUUCUGAGGCAAAGGUGUUGUCCUUGAAAGGCCAACAUUCCACCCGUGAUCUAGAUCUUGGCAACACACAUGAAGAGGAUUACAAGCACUCGGCCAUUGCCAGUGUUAGCAGGGAUCUGUGAGUCUCAACAGAAUGCCGGAGUCAUUUGCACAGAAGUGUGAUUCAGUUGAGUGUUGGUUUCUAGCUAGCAAUGACCUGGACAUCUGCAUGUUUGCUUCAAUGAUUGCAGCUCUACAAUUGUGGAUGUCUGUUUGUCACCAGCAAAAUGUUUUUGAUCAGUAUGUCUAGAGUGCUACAGCAGAUGCGUGCAUGUAUGCGCAUGUGCAAAGGAACAGGCUGCUCGACCCCAGAAUAUAUGUUACAUAUUCAGUGCGAAUAU